CAUCACAUUCCACCCGCCCUCCCAAGACCAGCAGGCAGGCGGGUCUUGUCCUUCCUCGCUGAGCUCUGUGGAGUAGACACGCAGCCGCAGGCGUCCGUGGAACAACUCCCUGCGUCAUGUCACCGUGGAUUGUAUUUGUAUUUAACAUUUGCGCCGUGCUGCAUGCCAACGGUAGGACCGCGGUCUUUGUUCAUAACAACUCGCUUCACGUGUGUGUGCAUUUUUCGCCAACUUUUGAAGUUUUGAUGCUUCCAUUCCUUUCUCCAGCCUUUCUCGCGACCACCCCGUCCACCAAUGCACAGUUCCUCCACAGGUGCUGCGAGAACGGCAAGCAAAAGGCCCUGAGCAUACGACUCUGCACAGACCUCCCUCACAUCGCCAACUCUCACAUUUGCAGAAUCGCCCAAGAGCAGUGUUGUGUGGGUGUCCUGGAACAGCAACAAUGUCAUAAGGGCACCACUAUGGCCCGUCAGCAGUGGGCCUGUGAGCACUACUUCUUUCAUGGGGAUCCCUGGCAAACUCGAAUCUCCAAGAUGUGCUGUGACUGUUGCAUGUUUGGCAUACUGUCAGCACGCCACGAUCCCAGCUGCGGGAUGCCUUACGUUUCGAUGGGGAAACAGUGCAGAGACGCUGCCAAAAGCUGCUGUGCCAAUAACUCCACAGAAGAAAUAUCUCCAACUGCAGAAGUGCCAGUGAAUAUUACCACUCCGCUUCCAAUGGGUGCCAGCAACUGCACAGUCUCCAAUUGCUCUCAGGAUUGUAUUGACAGUGUGACGUGUGCGUGCCGGCCCGGUUAUCGACUACAAUACGAUGGCGUCACUUGCAAGGAUAUCAACGAGUGCUUUAUGGACAUGCACAAUUGUGUCUUGGGCCAAGUGUGUAUCAACACAGAGGGCUCGUUCCGCUGCCAAAGGGGAACCAGCUGCGGCACCGGCUACGAGCUCACCGACAGCAACGACUGCAAAGAUAUCGACGAAUGCGCUUUGGCGAUACACAACUGCGGAUCAGAUUUUGAGUGCGACAACACUCAAGGUUCCUUCCGCUGCCACCCGAGGGAGAAGUGUCCUGUCGGGUUUAUUCAAGAUGCAGUCGGCAGCUGUAUCGACAUUGACGAGUGCAUAGUGCUCUCCAAUCCCUGCCAUCCUGGGCACACGUGCAUCAACACACCUGGGUCUCACUGGUGUCAAAGGACCAUGGUGACCUGCGGACGAGGAUACCACCUAAGCGCAGACGGCACACACUGUGAAGAUGUGGACGAGUGUCAGACGGGCAGCGUGUGCAGAGACCACAGCUGUAUCAACAUGAUGGGCACCUAUCGCUGUCAAUGCAGGGGCGGCUUUAUGUUCAACAGUGUCAGCAGGCAGUGCGAAGAUAUCAACGAGUGUAGGCAUUAUCCCGGGCAACUGUGCGCUCACAAGUGUGACAACACAGAGGGGUCCUACCAGUGCAGCUGCUCCAAUGGUUUCCAACUAACCGACGAUGGCAGGAGUUGUGAUGACAUAAACGAGUGUGUGAACAACCUGUGCAGCCAGGAGUGCGCCAACGUCUACGGCUCCUACCAGUGCUACUGUCGCCGUGGUUACCAGCUGAGCGACAUUGAUGGGAAUACAUGCGAAGAUAUCGACGAGUGCGCACUGCCCACUGGUGACCAAGUGUGCUCCUACCACUGCUCCAAUGUCCCCGGAAGCUACUACUGCACCUGCCCACCCACGGGAUACACUCUUGCAACAAAUGGGCACACAUGCCAAGAUAUCGAUGAGUGUGCGGCAAAUAUUCACACCUGCUCCGCCUCGCAGACCUGUUACAACAUCCACGGAGCAUAUCGGUGCUUGUCGUUUGAGUGUCCCUCCUACUACCAGCAAGCGACACAUGGAGCCAGAGACCCGGCCAGCAUGCGUUGCGUCAAAAGCUGCCGGUUCAACGAUGACGUCUGCACGCGAGACCCCGUCCGCCUCAUCACCUACACCAUCUUCAGCCUGCCCACCUACAGACACCUGAGUCAGCCAGAAGAUGUCAUUUUCCUACGGACGACGUCGUCCACCUCCAACAUGGGCGCUUACGUGGUCUUUGACAUCCUGAAGACCGACGACCAGGACUCCUUUGACGUGGUCAGGCGCUCCCAUCAGGGUUAUGUAAUGGGUGUGGUGCGCCUGGUGAAGCCCGUCAUCGGUCCCACGGACAUCGAGUUACAAGUGGCGAUGAGCUACAUUAAGUCAGGACUGGUGUCACAUCGCAACAUCGUCAUCGUGCAUGUCUGCAUCACAGAGUUCUGGUUUUGAACUGCAUUCACUUUGUGUAUUGUAUAUAUUUAAAAACUUUUAUAAAUAUUUGCAAUGUGUCAUUUUAAAACAGAGAGGUUUAGUCUUAAGGCAAUGUGAGGAGCUAAGUGCUAACACUAACACUUGCUAAAACAAAUAAUUGUUUUUUGUUUUUUUUACAAACAUUUAAUAAAAUAUGCUUAAGCUUAAAAUACAUUUAAUUUGAUAGAAUUUGAGGGCCAUAAUAUCUGAAGAAAAUACUUUGUACAUUUAAUUGUCAAAAAAAAGUUUUUUUAUUGUUUAUUUUAUUACAUUUGACUUUAUGGUAACAUAAUUAGCUUUGCAUAUCUCAGCAAACAUUAAACACUUGUUUGUAAAUCUGGUAAUCCUAAAAACAGCAAAUAUUAAAAAAAAAAAUUGAUAACAUUUUUUUAAUUGAAUUAAGUAUUACAUAUGCAGAACUUUGCCACAGUUACAACAUUAAAUUAAUAAAUACAGUAACCAUAUUUUUCCGACUAUAAGUCGGAGUUUUUUUCAUCGUUUGGCUGGGGGUGCGACAUAUACUCAGGAGCGACUUAUGUGUGAAAUGAUUAACACAUUACCGUAAAAUAUCCAAUAAUAUUAUUUAUCUCAUUCGCGGAAGAGACGAAGAAAAUGUCAGCAAUCGUCACACACACGUCAACCAAUAAGAGAUCGGCGGGGUAGGGUCAUGGAAGAAGUGCAUUGUGGGUCAUGGAAUGCUAACUGCUAUAUGCUUUAUGCUACUGCCGUAGCUAUUAAAAUGGAUCAUAUCAUCGUUGGCGGUUACUUAUAAAAACUGAGCGGGGCUCAACAAAAAUGGCACCGAAAAGGAAAUCACGUUCUGUAGAUUACACAAUAUCACAUACUACUAAUUGUCUCAUUCGCGGAAGAGACGAAGAAAAUGUCAGCAAUCGUCACACACACGUCGACCAAUAAGAAUUCGGCAAGGGAGGGUCAUGGCAGAAGUGCAUUGUGGGUCAUGGAAUGCUAACUGCUAUAUGUAGCUAUUAAAAUGGAUCAUAUUAUCGUUGACGGUAACUUAUAAAAACUGAGAAGGGCUGAACAAAAAUGGCACCGAAAAGGAGUUCAUUUACUGCAGAUUACAAGCUGGACGUAGUGAAAUAUGCAGCAGAAAACGACAAGAGGAAGCGGCGCAUACCUUUUGGAGUUGGCAGAGUUGUUUAGAAGCGACAUCGAGGAGGAAGAUUUCAUGGGAUUUAGCAAUUAGGAGUGACAGAUUGUUUGGUAAAGGUAUAGCAUGUUCUAUAUGUUAUAGUUAUUUGAAUGACUCUUACCAUAAUAUGUUAGGUUAACAUAGCAGGCACCUUCUCAGUUGGUUAUUUAUGCCUCAUAUAACGUACACUUAUUCAGCCUGUUGUUCACUAUUCUUUAUUUAUUUUAAAUUGCCUUUCAAAUGUCUAUUAUUGGUGUUGGAUUUUAUCAAAUAAAUUUCCCCCCAAAAUGUGACUUAUACUCCAUUGCGACUUAUGUAUGUUUUUUUCUUUCUUUAUUCUGCAUUUUCGGCAGGUGCGACUUAUACUCCGGAGCGAAUAAUACUCGGAAAAUACGGUACAUUACAUAUAUUCUGACAGGAUGUUUAUAAAACCUUGAUGGCGGUGUUUAGAGUUUUUUUUUACAGUGCUUUAUAUGCAGCAUAAAAUUACUUCCAAAGGCCCCAUUGUAAGCUGACUUUUGAUCGUAUAUAUGUUGUUUUCCUUCUAUAAUUAUGCAUUUUCGGCCGGUGCGACGUAUACCCCGGAGCGAUUUAUAAUCCGAAAAAUAGGUAAUUGAAAUGAUUUGGACACCAAAAACAGCUUCAAAAAAUUAACAUAAAUGUAUUUUGUUUCAUUUUAUUGCAUUUAAUUUUGUUGCAUUUUGUAUUAGUUUACUUACAGAAUAAUUUGCUUAAAAAUAUCACCCAAUGUUGAACAAAUGAUUGUACACAUGUUCAUCCCCAAAACAGCAAAUUUAGAUACAAAUAAAUAAUGGGGGGAAAAAGAAAAUGAAAUUGAAUAAUAAAUCUGCAGAACACAGCCACACUUACAGAAUUGUAAUUUAAUACAUAUCAUGUCAUUUAGUUGAUUUGGAUCGGUACAACGUCCGCAUUACUGAAGACGGUGCGGCGUCUUCAGUAAUGCGGACGUUGUACCGAUCCGUUGUGGUGAAGAAGGAGCUGAGCCGGAAGGCAAAGCUCUCAAUUUACCGGUUGAUCUACGUUCCCAUCCUCACCUAUGGUCAUGAGCUUUGGGUCAUGACCGAAAGGAUAAGAUCACGGGUACAAGCGGCCCAAAUGAGUUUCCUCUCCCUUAGAGAUAGGGUGAGAAGCUCUGCCAUCCGGGAGGAACUCAAAGUAAAGCCGCUGCUCCUCCACAUCGAGAGGAGCCAGAUGAGGUGGUUCGGGCAUCUGGUCAGGAUGCCACCCGAACGCCUCCCUAGGGAGGUGUUUAGGGCACGUCCAACCGGUAGGAGGCCACGGGGAAGACUCAGGACACGUUGGGAAGACUAUGUCUCCCGGCUGGCCCGGGAACGCCUCGGGAUCCCCCGGGGAAGAGCUAGACCAAGUGGCUGGGGAGAGGGAAGUCUGGGCUUCCCUGCUUAGGCUGCUGCCCCCGCGACCCGACCUCGGAUAAGCGGAAGAAGAUGGAUGGAUGGAUAGUUGAUUUGGACGGAUUUUGAAACCUAAGAAACAUUACAAUAAUUUAAUUUGGCUUUAUUAGAUAACAUUUUAUGUUAAUUUUUUAUUUUUUCAAAUAAUUAGCCUUUAGAUUUCAGCCAAUGUUGAACAAUUGUUUGUACAUUAGGGCGUCCAAAAUUAAAUCAAUGUGAAUAAAAUAAAAUGUAGAAAAAAUUACAACAUUAAAUUAGAUCUUAAACAGGCAGACCUCCCUCUCAAUGACAACAUUGUAAUGAGAAUUGGCACCAAUUUGUGCAAGUAGUUAAAUACCCACCAGCUGCAGUAGGAUUCACGAUUGCAUUGCUCAUAUCGAACAAACAAAACCAAUCCCUAGAUUUGCACCACAAUUUAAAAUGUUAUUUUUCAUGCAGCCAAUGUACACAUUAUUUGGUUAUUUAAUGCCAUUUGUGUACAAUACAUGUUUAUUAGGACUUUGAAAGAAUACUGUAAAUGUUUGACUGUAACCUUCACACUGGAUUUUGUAUCAAAACCUUCCGAAUGCACAGUUAGUUGACUGUUAAAGACGAGUUGUCAUUAAAUGUGUCCGUGCUGUUAUUCCAGUCAUUAUCAGAUAUGCACAAGGGAUCUAUAAAUAAUUGUAUUAUUUAUACAACUAUAUAAUACAAUGAAACCUUGACCACUGUU